GGGGAAGGACGUGUUACUCGUCUUGCUCUUACUCUGGAAUAGCUAUUCGGGAGGUGAUGGUGGUAGUGAGUGUGGGUGAUGGAGGGGGGGAAGGGGCGGGCGCUCCCGGCCCCGCCCCUGCCUUAGCCCACUACCCGGCUCAGUAUACCCCUCGGUACCCGGGCCCCCGGAAGUUCCCACCCAAGGGCGAUUACCCACCUGCCUACGAUAGUGACUCCAACAGUGACCACAGUAGCAGCGGGCGAGGCAGUGGAGGCAGUGACCUGGGUAGUGAGGUGGACAGGGAGAGCACGCGGCUGGAAGACAGUGGGAGGUAUAGUGCUGAUGGGUGUGAGACUGACCUCCAGCCUCCCCCCUUGUCCUCCGUCACCGCCGCCCACAACUCUCCACACAAACGCCUCCCCCACAACAACAGUGACAACAGCAAGCCCAGCCAUGUGGCCCCCACGCAGGCUCAGACACCCUCUAGCAACAAGAGUGACAACCAGGGGCGGGAGGACCAGAUUAAGGGACACAGGCGGGCCCCUAGGAGCGCCCCUGUAACCCACCCGCCUGUGGAUGCGCCCCUGUGUGUCCAGUGUGCCCGCAGGGAUCUCGCCUUCUUCGACCCUGGUUGUAGUGGAUGUGCUGCCCUCUUGAGGCGGCUCACGACCACACCCUCACACCUGUUCGCAGUCAUGAGGCAGUGGGUGCCGCAGGUCCAGCACAACAUACAUCACUUGAUUGGCCAGCUGCUGAGUAUGGGCUGCCACGUAGACGACCGUGACGCACUGACAGACAUGACCCUCCUCCACUACGCCGUCAAGGCUGGCAGUAACGGCGUCGGCGACCCAGCCACCGCCCUUCAGGUGGCGAAGCAGUUGUUGCGGGACGGCGCGGACGUCCACCAGAGAUGCCGAUGGACCCACAUGACAGCCUUGCACUACUCUGCCUACUUCGACGUGGCCCCCGUACUAGACCUUCUGCUCCGGGAUCCUCAGGGAGUGUGUAUAAACGAUGCGUGUCUGGAGUACUCUGGGGGCGCUCCUCUGCAUAUCGCAGCAGCCAACCUGAGCCUGGCAGCUGUGCGCGUACUGCUGCAACAUGGCGCCCUACCCACCCUCACCGACACCCAGGGACGCACACCCUUCCAGUGCAUUCCAACCCCGGACCAGUACGAGUUGGUCCCAGAUGUGCAGGAUGUCAUCGCUAAGUUGCGCUCCUGCCUCUCUCCCACGGCCUCCCACGUGCACAUGGCCGCCCACGCCUACACCGCCCACAACAGCAGCAGCCAGGGGUCAUCAGGCAAGGCAGUGCUCAAGGCAAUGGGACUCAAACUUUGUGACCGCGUCCUGAUUAGUGGGGUCAAGACAGGCACCCUCAGGUUCGUGGGUACGACGGAGUUCGCGACGGGGCUGUGGGCGGGGGUGGAAUUGGAGACACCCACAGGUCGCCACAACGGCACUGUCAAGGGCGUCAUGUACUUCCGCUGCGCCAAGAAUUAUGGUAUCUUCGUGCCUGUGAAUCGCCUGACAAAGAUCCCCCACGUUAACGGUGGUCGUCAGGGUCGCUCCACGUCUGUGUCUCAGCGACAGAGGGCCAAAACCAUGUCUCGUCGUUCUGUCUCCCUUCCCCCGGGGCGCGUCAACCAUGGCCGCGUUGACGUCUCGAGGGUGUCGUCCCGAGUGGCUCAGGAUAUACACAACACAACCCGCAAGAUCGUGGUGGGUGACCGCGUGUACGUGGACAUGGGGAUGGGGAGCGGGUCGACGCGGGUGGUUACAGGUGUCGUGAGGUAUACAGGAGGUGUGCACUUCGCCUCCAGCUUCUGGGUGGGUGUGGAGUUGGACGUGCCUCGUGGCACCAAUGACGGCUCCGUCAACGGCACAAGAUACUUCACCUGCAGGUCACAACACGGCAUCUUCGCCUCCCCCUCCAGAAUCAUCAAGAUCAGCACAGAACAAAACGUAGACGGUAGCUUGGAUUUAUGCGAACCGUCGACUCUUAGAUUCAGCCGACACUCGCUCAGCUCAGGACAUGGCUCCAACACCACCAUCAACAUGAUCUCCAGUGGCUCCCUCAGCCUCGGCUACCCGGCUCCCAUCAGCUAUAGUUCUCAUGGCCCUAUGAGUCUCGGCUCAAGUGGCACCAUAAUGGGUGUGGGCUCCAGUUCCACCAUUAACUUAGACUGUAAUGGAGCCAUGACUCAGAAUAUGAAUGAGUGUUGCGCGACCUGUUCAUCAUCAUGUCAUCUGCUAGACAACCAGGUGUAUGGGUCAGUCAAAAGUGCCCAGUCGGCGAAGACGGCUAUUUACCCACCCAACACCUCCAUGACCAGCCUCAACAGGUCCUUCUCCGCCCGCUACGUGACGUCAAGGCAGCGUCAGGAGGAGUUGGAACGCGCAGCGGAGGAGAAAAAGAAGGAGCAGACCUGGUAUGAUCCCCCAGUACUGCCCGUCACGCCCAAGGCCCAGCGUAAGAAGCGAGAGAAUCAACAUUGGCUCGAAAUCGGGCACAAUGUCUUCUACAAGAACGAAGUUGGGGUGAUCAAGUAUAUUGGUCAGGUAGACUUUGAGGCUGGGACUUGGCUCGGGGUGGAGCUCCGGGCAGCCAAGGGGCGGCAUGACGGAACUGUGAGGGGGCGACGAUACUUCUCCUGCCGCCCACGCCACGGCGUCAUGGUUAAGCCCAGCAAGGUCUACGUCAGGGGCAUCAAUGGCGCCAAGCUUGUUAAACCUGAAGAUGACUUCGAGGAAUAGUUGUGUUUAUUAGAGUUCAUUAGUUCAAGUAUUGCAGGAGAGUAUGCUCUACCUUGAAUAGUAGUGUAUCAAUUCGAGGUGUAAGCUUGGUUAUCACAUCUAGAAGUGUGUGUACCAGUUCGAGGAGUAGCAUACUCUUUAACUCGAACAGUUGGGUGUAUGCUUUAGAUCAAGACACAUGUCUAUUCAUCAGGAGUCAUGUGUGAAUGGAUAUACAUGCCUUAGGAGUGCUGAUGGUGUACUAGGUCCAGGAGUAGACCGCGUCCCAUAGAUGUUGGUAAACAGCUGUUAAAGGAGAUAACGGUGAGUUUAUUACGAUACCUGGGGAAGCUCUGGAUUAUACAGUAAAAAAUUGCAGACUACUUUUUAACCAGGUUGACAGGAACUGUCGUUGUUCAUUUAUUACCUAGCACUGUAGCAUCUAGGUUUUCAUUGCUGCAUAGCCAGGGUAUGAUAAUGUGGAAUUGUGGAAAGCAUAAUUGCUCUCUAUUCAUACAUCUUUUUUUUAUAAAAUAUUUAACUUAUGAUAUUAAUAAUUUCAAUUUGUGUGCGUAUAUCAAUAGUAAAUAUCACACGGUUUUAUUAUUCGUAAUUAUGUGAAAGUACAAUGACAACCAUUCCUAAAAUGCCCAUCCGUAAGUAUAAGUCACACACCACAGCAUUGUUGAUGGUGCUGCAGUGUUGAUGCUUUAUCUUAGUCGCCCACUGUGCGAUCGACAUAACAAUGGCAGUAUCGCCAUAGACAACACUUACUACAUGUACUCUACAAUGUCUUUUUUUUUUACGUAAGGAAAAUUACUGUUGUUGCACAUAUGUAUAGAUUUAAAAGACCUAUAUUGUUACUAUAUAUAUA